UUGAGGGGCCGGUGAUGGCGGCGGAGGGCGGUGUGGGGCCUGGCAAUGGAGUGGGGCUGGUUUCGGUUCCGGUUCCUGUCCCGGUCCCGUCCCUGUCCCUCGUGGAGGGCAGCACCGGCCGCGCCGCCCGCAUCGGGGACCCCGGGGACCUGGUGGCCCUGGCCCGGCAGCUGCAGCAGGCAGACGACUUCGUCCGGGCCAAUGCCUGCAGUAAACUGACGGUCAUUGCUGAGCAGAUCCGGAGCUUGCAGGAGCAGGCGCGCAAGGUCUUGGACGAAGCUAACAGAGAUGCUGACCUGCACCACGUGGCCUGUAACCUCGUGAAGAAGCCAGGAAACAUUUACUACAUGUACAGAAGGGAGAGUGGCCAGCGAUACUUCUCCAUCCUGUCUCCUAAGGAGUGGGGGACCAGUCCCCAUGAAUUUCUUGGUGCCUAUAAGCUCCAGCAUGACAUGUCCUGGACUCCGCUGGAGGACUUGGAGAGACGAGAUGCUGAAAUCAACAUCCUGGAGAAGCUGCUGAGCCGCCAGGCAGCGCUGCCCCCCUGCACUGAGCCCAACUUCCAGGGUCUGACCAAGUGACACCGGGACCAUACAGGAGCAUGAGGACACGAGGUACCUGCGUGCUGCCAAAAGCAGGGCAAGGAAAGAGACCAAGGAAUGAAGAUGCUGAUGCUGCCAGUACUUGCUCUGUGCUUUAAAGAACCUCAUUCUGCAAUCAGCCUUACUGGAUUUUCUAGUAAUUGAGUAAUUUAUUUCUCUGAUUAUGCCAAGCUGUAGCGAGAGGUGGAGAAGAUCAGGUGGAGUCAAUUGCAAGAGGACUUGGGGCAAAAAGCAGAAGUGCUUGGGGCCAAUGUGGUAAUACCCUGCAUUUAUGUCCUGCCUGUCCGGCUCUGGUGCUCCUCACUGUGACUGCCUGUGGCAGGAUGAGUUCAGGGCUGGGUUUUCCCCCUUGUUAAAAUGCACAGGGAGACUUCGUGGCAUGUGAAGCUGCUUUGUGAGGAGCUGAGGUGGGAAUGUGCUGAUAGAGAUGUCCAGGUACGAUCCCAACAUGUGACAUCAGUUCUGAUUGCUCCUUCCCAUGACUUGUUCACCUCCUUGAGAUGACAAGGUAAUCUUAUGUGCUGCUUAAGGCAUUGCCUGUGCACAUUGGCCUCAGCCUUCUCCUCUGCUGGAGAUGUGUCAGGGUUGGGGACUGCUCAUGGAAGGGGAGUUACCAGUCCACCAAGUAUACUUGUGGUUGGGCUCCAUCAAGAAGCAUCACAUCCACCUGCAUUUGUAGGUGGGCUCUCCUGCCUUCCAGGGUGGUGGUGGAAAAGCAGUGUCCUCUGUUGUCCAUGGCAUGGCCCUCAGGAUAAUCUCUUCAACUCCUCUAAACUUCCUUGUUCCCUUUCUAGCAUUGAUUUAUUUGUCUCACACAAGGUCCCCAGAGCAUCCUGCUCCUCCUGGCCCUUGCCUGCUGCUGGGAAGGGUUUGGGUGCCCCAUGGGAGUCCUGCAGUAACUCACACCUCUCCAUCUUAAUGCGUGAACCUACUGCUUUGGGUUUGGUGCUGCCAAGGGGAGGGAGGACCUCUCUGCACCCCUGGUACACCCUGAGAGAUGCUGGAGGCUGCUGGAAGCACCAGUUCCCUGUGGGAAGAGCCAUUCCCUGCAAGGAGUGCAGAGGAAUGGGAGGUUUGAGGCAGCUCCCUCGCAGCCCAGGAGUGGUUUUGUCCUCCCACCUCUGCUCAGCCCCAUUCCAGUGUGCUUGGUCCUGGAGUCAAUGAGGGACGUUUCAGACACCUUUUCCCAGUGUCCUCCCUCAUUUGGAGCACAAGGGCAGAAUAAAAGGAAUGUAUGAUUAUUAUUAUUAUUAGGCCAGGAUAUAAUUAAUUCCUUAUCGUGUCACAAGUGUCUUAAUUUGAUGGUUCUUUCCCUGCUUGUUUCAUCACCCCAGGUCUUAUUUUACUGCCUGUCAUUAAAUGUGAACUUGGAAGGGAGAAAGUUAAUUACAGCAUGGGCUUUGCCAUGGUGCUAAUUACAGCUGCAUCAGAGACCUUCA